GUGUCUGUCACCGGUUGGUUUUCUAGCGUCUUCCCUCAAACACCUUGCUUCUCACCAGAGAUUGAUUAUUUGCGUGCCUGAGUAAGUUGCCGUCUUCCAAUAGAUAUCAGAAUCAGGUUCUCUCUGUGUAGAUCCCUCUAGCACCUUGCUAAGUAUCGUCCUUGCAGAAGAGUUGGGAUUAUUCGAUUCUCGGUGUGAAGUCGGCCGCGAGUUGUGAAAUUUACUAUGGCUCAAGUCGGUAAUGAUUGCUACUUCUUCUACUACUCGAGCUGCAAGAAGGGACCCGCUUGUCCAUUCCGACACAGUGCACCUGCACUUGGCAAGGAAGACGUCUGUCAAGAUUGGGCCAAAGGACGCUGUAUUGUUCCGAAUUGUGCACGUCGCCACAUGGGAAUUCAUAAAGACCGUGGCAGCAUGCCAUGCUACUGGGAGUCUCAGCGAGUGGGGUGUACCAAGCCGUUCUGCCCAUUCAAGCAUUUGAAGCCCCGUCCUGAUGCACCUCUGCAAACUGGCCAAGUACAACCCACUACGACUGCACCCCAAGGAAAUCCAGUCAAAGGUGGACCAGCGCAGGUGCUUCCACCUGAUUUCAAGUUGCUGAUAAAUCUACCUGAUGACAGCAGUGCACAGCGCAGCGCUACCAUCCGGACCAUUGGCAAUUCUCAAGAAAGACUGCGACACGCCCGAACACAAGGGGUUGCCACCGACUCAACUGCCGCUCACUCCAGAAUGGAUAUGAGAAGAGCAACUCGAGCAAGGAGCCGAUACCAUUGGGUUCAUGCUCGCGAUCAGCUAAAUCAACAGCAUAGAUCUGAAACUGCAAGGCGUGGUCCAGGUCCGUUGUUACCCACGAAAAGGACAGCAUCUGUUCAGCAAGAAGUCCAAACAAAGCCGUUAGCCAAACGACGCAGGCCUGAGCCUGUUGCUGUUCCAACGUCCCCACAGCCGUCCACCGCUGCUGGUCUUCGCAUCAAGUCUUUAGAUGAAAUCCUUGCUGAGAAACGCAAGCAUCACGAGACCAUUUGUGACAGCACUGUAUCUGCAGAAGACACCUGUCAAAGAAGACCGGCCGAUUCAACCCGAAAGGAAUCACCAUCAGUAGUUUCCAGUUCAGCAAGCAAGAAUGUAUGCAGUCCAGUACUGAAUACUGUACCUACCAAGAGUUCCACUCCAGCGACACCACCUGCUAAGAUAACAAGACUCAGCAGUCAUUAUUCUGGCUCGAUGACAUCGACCUGCUUGAUGACGAUGCAUUUGAGAAAGCGAUGAGAGACGUAACCUACGUCAACUUGAAUAAGCCAGACCUUGACGAAACAGUCAACAGCGACGAUCUACUCCUGGAAGCGGAGCAGAUGAUUUAGACUAAGAUAAAUUCUGUGUAUUGUCAGAGUGCACAGUGUGCUCCUCAUUUGCCAUGCCUACAUCAUGCCUAAUCGCCAUUGGGGAUAUACACCCGGUUUUUUCCCUCUCUACUGCGUCCGUCGGCGCGAGGGUUUUUUCCCGGCUGGCUCGGUCCCGGAAAAUUAACCUGACGGCCCCAAGUGGUUUUGCAUGAUGCCCUAUUUCAGCUAUCCGCUGGCACACGUAUUUGGGCAUCUUCGGCUAAUGCUUGAUUAUAUUACUAAUAAUGCUUUGAGCGCUGCUUGAUAUAUCAGCAUAUAAUGCUAAUUUGAAUGCUCGCUUUUCACUUUCUCGUUGGCUGUGUUGUGCAGAAUCAUGUGCCAACC